AUGCAGCCGCAAGGCAAGGUGCAGCUGGGGGGGUCAUUGCCCUGCAUCACCGACCCCAAUCUCGUGACUCUGGACGGCGACGACGAGGACAACGCCACAACGGCGCACCUGCCGCACUGGGAGCGGCAGCAAAUCAAGUGGCGAGGCCUGCCCAAGGACGCCGCCCAGCUGGGGCACCUGGAGCCUGCACCAGGCGGCUGGCUGCUGCGCAGGGACGAAACUGGCAACGUCGACGUGGCCGUGCUGCGGCUGAGAGUGCUCAUCAUGACCACCGGCACAGCGCCCGUGCCUGAUGAGGUGGCGGAUGUGCUGCUGAACCCCGAGGGGCGCGAGCUGCCUCAACAUGUGCCUGUGGCCAUCAGCCAAUACACCAGCGGCAGGAUCACGGUUGGCACAGCCAGCCUGACGCUCAACAUGGGGGACACAGACGCGGGGCCGCUGCGCAUGGUCAACGUGGCGAAUGUGCGCGCCCAGCUGGAGGCCAACCAGCCCGGGUGCUGGCUGGCCGUGAGGCGGCGCAAGGGUCUGCUGAUGGCGACGUGGUACCCUGCCGCCGCCCUGACCGCAGCACAUCAGCAACAGCAGCAGCAGCCGCAGGUGCUGCGCCAGCUCUCUCGGAGCAGCUCUUUCGCGGUGGGUGCCGCGCCGGCGGCUCCUGCCGCUGCCGCUGCGCCAGCUGCUGCUGCACAGGCCUCCAUCAUCAAGGAAUCCGGGUGCAGCCUGCCCAAGGACCUGGCCGCCGGCUUCUUCCGCCUGACCAGGGACAACGCCGCCGAUGCCAAGAUGUACAUUGUGCCUGCUGAGAGAGUGGAUGCUGCUGGCGGGCUGGCCCCUGGCACGGUGCACCUGCUGCGCUACAAGGUCAACGAGUCCAGCCAGUACAAGGUGACAGGGCUGAGCACCUUGCUGGCGUGCCCUGGGGGCAAGGUGCCACCCAACACGUGGCUGGUGCUGGCGCGUGCUCCCUGCGGAGGCGUGGCCGCCUGCACCUUCCCACCAGGCUCAGCGGAGGCGCAGGUGCUCGAAGCCGCCGGCAAGGGGCGCGGCGCGGCUGGCAAGCGCAAGGGCGCAGAUGAGCAGCAAGCCGCCGCCGCCCCUGCAAUGCGGCAGCGGCAAUCGGGAGGGGGGGAGGAGGAGGGGGAGCAGCAUGACAGCACCUCCGAUGCCGCCGGCAUGGAGGAUGCUGGUGGGCAGCAGCUGGCGCCGGGGAGAGGCGAGGCAGAUGCCUGGCAGGGAGAGGGACAGGGGCGGGGCACUACGGCCACAGAGGCGGCGGCCACUGCAGAAGCAGUCGCGGCGACCAGCCCGCUUGUUGAGAGUCAACCUGCUAGAGGCAGGCAUAGGGUCGGGCGGCAGGGGCUGCGCCGCUCCAAGCAGCAGGAGCAGCGCCGCCCCAGGCAGAUGGAGCUGGUGGUGGGCAGGCAUGCGUCGGUGCCAUUGCGGCAGCAGCCAGACGCCAGGCGCAUGCCCGUUCCAGAUGCAGCAGUGGCGGCCGCGGCUCAGGACGAAGUCGAAGCAGCAAUUGCUGCUGCCAUGCACGUGCAGCUGCAGCAGCAAGGGGCAGCAGCAGCGGGGCAAGCCGUGCCGGGGCCUGCCUCUGCCGCCGCCGCCGGCCAGCAUGAGCAGCAGGGUCAGCAGGCAGUGGGGCAGCAGGCAGCGGUGGGGGGCUUCCACCCCCCACCAGCCCUCAGAGCUGCCAUUGCCGAUGUGGACGCCACGCUUGACCAGCUGGCAGUUGUGUCACGCGCACCGUCAGCAGCAGCACCGCAGCAGCAGCAGCAGCAGCAGCAGGUCAUGGCAGCCGCACCUGGCGCCGGCGGGGCUGCUGCGGCUCCCCUGAACUUGCUGCAGCUGCUGGGCCUGGCCCCAAGGGAAGCCGGUCAGGAUGCAGCGGUACCGCUAUUACAGGCCUACUUGCGAGCGCAGUUGGCCGACGGUGCCGUGGAUGGCGCCACUCAGGAUGCAGCCAUGCGGCUGGGCCUGCUGAAACCAGCCGAAGCGGGUGCAGCGCACCCUUGCGGGAUCGGGCGUGAGGAUCCCUUCGGCUGGUUUGCUGCCCUGGAGCGUGAGGAGGCGGAUGUGGUGGUGGAGCGCCUGCACAGCAAGGCUGAGGCGUGCUUUGCUGCAGAUCUGCUGGCCAUCUGGGCGCGCCUCCAACGCAAGUUGCCUCUGCACGUCGGCCACAGGAGCGACUUGGCGUGGCAUGAAUGCCUGCACUUCCCGCUGCACCUGUACAACAGGCUUCUGCCCACGGUGCAGCUGCAGCCCAGCGGGGCAGCCAUUGCAGCCAAGCUGGGUAUGCUACGCGAUUCCGGCGUGCUGCGGUCUCUGGCGGCGACAGUUGGCGGCCACGGUGGCGAAGAUGACUUGUGA